AUGCCUGCGAGCAUGUUCAGCAUCGACAACAUCCUGGCGGCCAGACCUCGCUGCAAGGACUCGGUGCUGCUGCCCCCGAGCGCCGCGCCCGUCGUCUUCCCCAGCCUGCACGGGGACUCCCUCUACGGCGCUGCCUCCGACUACGGAGGAUUUUACUCCCGGGCUGUGGCUCCCGGCUCGGCGCUGCCGGCGGUCGGCGGCUCCCGUUUGGGCUACAACAACUACUACUACGGGCAGCUGCAUGUGCCCGCAUCUCCCGUGGCCCCGUCGUGUUGCGGGGCCGUGCCGCCGCUGGGGGCCCAGCAGUGCUCCUGCGUUCCCCCAGCAGGUUACGAGGGCGCUGGGUCGGUGCUGAUGUCCCCUGUUCCCCAUCAGAUGUUGCCCUACAUGAACGUAGGCACUUUGUCCCGGACGGAGCUGCAGUUACUCAACCAGCUGCACUGCCGGCGGAAAAGACGGCACCGGACUAUCUUCACUGACGAGCAGCUCGAAGCGCUGGAAAACCUCUUCCAGGAAACGAAAUACCCGGACGUGGGCACCAGGGAACAGCUAGCGAGGAGGGUGCAUUUAAGAGAGGAAAAAGUGGAGGUUUGGUUCAAAAACCGCCGGGCGAAAUGGAGGAGGCAAAAGCGGUCAUCUUCUGAGGAAUCGGAAAAUGCACAAAAAUGGAAUAAAGCAUCUAAAACGUCUCCGGAGAAGAGGCAAGAAGACGGGAAAAGCGAUUUGGACUCCGACAGCUGAUGCCGCGCAGGGGGACGCUCCCCGUGGACUGUAGGAUACGCUCCAGAGGAUGCUACUAUCUUGCACAAGCUCUGCCUUGUCGGAGGGGAAAACUAUCUGUAUAUAAUGUACAA